UAGAGAGAGAGAGAGAGAGAGAGAGAGAGAGAGAGAGUGAUAUUAGCUGCUGGCCAACAAAAGAUAACUUUAAUUCUCAUCUGGUUCUUGAUGUACAGAGACUGAGAAUUAAUCUAUGGCUUCCAUGAGCAAAGCUGUCUCUCCUGAAUCAGUUAGAAUAGGCAACUCUGAUGAGGAAAGUAGCUGGACCUUUUACUUCGAAGACUUUUUGUGCAACAAUGAUGAGCAAAGUUAUAACUCUCUCUCUUCCGGCCAUUCUCUAGUUUCUGAUGCUGCUUCUUCCUCGGCGGCGGCGAAGAAGUUCUUGGAUAAUUAUCAGUUGGAGAAGAGUGGCAGGAACUUGAGCUUCAAGAAGAGGAAAACAAAAGGGCCUUUUGUUGAUGAUGCUCUGGAGGAUACUGCUAGUUCUCCUGUAAAUAGUCCAAAGGUUUGUCAUUUGAACCAACUGGGAAUGCCUCCAAAAGAGAAAGGCAGCAUGGACAUUUUAGAGGAGGUGAAAGGCAUUCAUGCUUCUGGCCAGACAAAUGAAUUUAAUGAGUUGGGUACUGUUGGGAGAGACGGCGACUCUUCAGAACUCAAGAAAAGAGGCCUUUGCUUAGUGCCUCUGUCUAUGUUGUCCAAAUAUCUUGGUUAGGCUUCAAAUUACCAUCAUAAUCAUAUUUAAUAUAUAUACUUGCAUACAUAAGAACAUCACGACCGUCUCUCUCUCUCUCUCUCUCCCUCUAUCUGUUGAACUUAAUGAUGAGUUUAGAAAUAUCAGAGAUAUACUUUGGGUA